AUGAAUCACGACGAUUUCGUCAUCGUUGAGACCCCCGAUGAUCCCAAUGAUCUGAGCAAGGGAGAGGAAGUCACAGUCACUCCCCAAGACGUCGCUGCCAUUCGGUCGUGGCUGUCGCCCACCGAGUUCGACUCCGACGGCAGCGAGUAUCGCAAACACCUGAAUGCCCAUGCCCCAGGAACCGGCGACUGGCUUGUCCAGUCUGAAGCGUACCAGAAAUGGCACGACUCGACCGAGACCACCACCGGGGGCCUCUGGAUCCAGGGAAUCCCGGGCAGUGGGAAAUCAGUCGUCGCAGCCCGGCUGAUCCAGAGAUUAAAAGACGAAGAGACGGCGCCCGUGGUCUUCUUCUUCGCCCGUCGCAUCAUCAAGUCCAACAGCAACCCCCACAACCUGGUCCAGGACUGCAUGUACCAGCUGCUGGGCCAUAGUAUCCCUCUCCAAGCGCGACUUAAUGACCUGCGGAAGGAGAAGUCUAGCAGUGAAUACACCCCUUUCCAGGAACUCUGGCAGGCGUUUCUCUCCGCUCUGUUGACUCUUCCUCGCGCAUACGUCGUCUUUGAUGCCUUGGACGAGCUCGCCGUUGAACAAAACGGCUUCCUCCCUCUCCUUAUGGAGCUCGCACAGAUGAGCCCCCAGUCAAUAAAGCUCGUUAUAACCGGCCGGCCUGUCCCGCACUUGGUGGACGCUCUAAGAGGACCCUCAUUAGGUCUCAUCCGACUGACAAAACGUGCUGUUGAGAGUGAUAUCGCGACAUAUAUCGAACGGCGGCUCGCCCUGCAAGACCAACAUUAUUUAACAGAGGAGCAGCAGGUGCAGAGUAAAGAGAAAAUCUGCCAGAAAGCCCAGGGAUUGUUUCUCUACGCCCGGCUCAUGCUCGACCAGCUCAUGGAACAGUCCACAACACCUGUAGACCAGCAUCUCCAGCGAUUGCCCGGGUCCCUCGAAGAAAUGUACGUAAAUCUUCUGCAUGAGCACGCUGUCCAAUCUGGUGCCGGUCUGCCCUUCCAGUCCUGGCUCUUGUCCUGGAUCACGCAUUCCACUCGGCCACUGCGAGUAACUGAGCUUGCGACACUCAUUCUCUCUCUACCCGAUCGAGCCGGUCUCGAUGACGACCAAGACGCGAAGCUGAUGGUCCGGACGGCCUGUGGUCCCCUGCUGGAAAUCCUCGAGAAUGAGACCGUCCAGGUAAUCCACCACUCCUUCACGGAAUUCCUGCUCGACAGCCAGCGGCCAACUGCAAAGGAAUCCAACUCGAAUGCAUGGUUUCCCGCGUUCGAAUCAACUGUCACCCAUCGCUCCCUCACUAUAUCCAUUGUCGAUUACCUCCUCCUCUCCGGCUGCUUCAACGGGUGGGAGUCUGACUGCGUAGAGCAUUAUGGCGAUGGCUUUGAGAGAGAACAUCAUGACGUGUUUGUCCGGUUUCCCUUCUUGCAGUAUGCCGUUCAGGGUUUGGUCGACCAUGCGGAGAGCUGCGAUGUUGAAGAUCCAGCGCUCAUGCACGCGCUCGACCGUCUUUUUGAUACUGGUACUGACACCUACAACGCCUGGUUGGACUUUUGGUUCGCUUCUAUGGCCCACUGGAUCACUAAAGACUUCGAGCCUAUCCAUGUAGCUGCGCAUGCUGGACUCUCGCGGUAUACAGCACAUCUCAUUGCGAGAGGCGCAGACCUAAACGUCUACAACGACAGCUGCGAGACGCCCGUCUGGCUCGCAGCCAUGCAUGGCAACGCAGGCACACUGGGCGUGCUCCUCGAUGCUCAAGCGAGCUUCACGGACCACGACGACGAAGGCUUAGCGCCCAUACAUAAGGCCGCGGACGGCGGCUACGUUGAUGUUUUGCAACAACUACUAGAUGCCGGGGCUGAUCCGUUAUCUCCCCAGGGCCCUGCCACUAGGUCGGGAGGCCGCCAUCGCGGCAAAACACCGGUCGAGCUCGCAUGUGAAGGCGGGCAUACAGAAGCAGCGACUUUGCUGCUCCAGUAUAUCGACGAAGCCACGCGUUCCUGCGUUCUGCCGCACUGGGCUGCAGUUAAGGGCCAGGAAAAGACCUUGCGUGCUCUCCUAGAAUACCCCGAGAUCAGAGCCAAGGUCAAUGUCAAAGAUAAUGACGGAAACACAGCGCUGUAUCUUGCAGCGUGCAGUGGGUCCGCUCCAGCAGUCGACCUGCUACUUAAACAUGGUGUCGAUGUGCAUGCUCGCUCCGUGGGCGACGUCGGAAACCGCAGCAGUUCAGAGCCGAUGGGUCCAUGGACGGCGCUCCAGGCAUGGGCCAACGCCGAGCAGUCAUCGUACGGGCGGAGAAAAACCAGCAAGGACGAGUUUGAGCGAGUAGGCGAGCUUCUGAUCCAGGCAGGAAGCGAUAUUGAAGUGUGCGAUGGCAAGGGCAAGACGCCGUUGUUCUACUGGGGCAUGCGUGAUUACUCCGGCGUGCGCACUGCUGCCAUUCUACUUCGACACGGCGCCAAUGCACGGGCACUUGACAGUGAUGGAAACUCGGUUUUGCACGAAAGCCCCCCAUAUACCAAGCCUGGCGAGACAAUCCGCCUCCUCGUCGACGCCGGGGCCGAUCUCAACUACGCGCGGAAGUCAGACGGCGCGACGCCCCUGAUCGCGGAAGCAAAGAAUGGUUACAUGGCCGUAAACGCGUACAUUGAGUUUGGUGCUGACGCAAACCUGCAAGACGCAGAUGGCAAUACAGCACUGCAUUGGAUUUGCCGCAAGCGGCUGCAAAGUCUGGCGAUAUUACGAGAAUGGCUGCAGUUCGCGGAUCCCACGAUUCGCAACAACGCAGGCCAGACGUGUAUAUACAACCUGCGGACUGGCGACGACGGAUACGAGCGCGUGCAGCUUUUCCUUGACCAGGGCUUGGAUCUUGAGUCGCGCGAUAGCAGAGGGCGAACGGUCCUGCUGGCGGCCUGUGAGAAGGGCGAGCAGCAGUUCAUCACGGCCUUGAUGCAGCAUGGAGCGUCUGCGACGGCGACUGACUUUGAGAAUAAGACAUGUUUACACAUCCUGGGACAAGUAAUGCUGUCCAGCCGCGACUUCGGAAAGAAAGAUCGCGGAGUCGCGGUCAGCACAAUUUCUCGUUUUAUUGAAGCCGGAGUGGAUAUCAACGCCGUCGACAACUAUGGAAACACGGCGCUCCACGACGCAAUCAAAACAGACGACGACUUCCGGCCGCUGUGGGCGAACUCUGAGGCUCUCCUCGAACUGGGUGCCAAUCCCAACACAGCAGACAACCAGGGACGGACAAUCCUGCAUAAGAUCUCUUCUCUUCCUACUAAGCGCUUUGCGGACCGCUUUGACUGGCUUCAGGAGGCUGGAAUAAGUUUUGACCUCCAUGCCCAAGAUAACAAUGGAUUCAUGCCCAUUCACUGUGCUGCAGCUGCGUCAGACGUUAAUGUCUUGAAGCUCGUGGAGGCUGGUGUAGACCCCCAGGGUCGCAUAGACAAUCGCUGCAAUGUAUUACAUCUCUCGGCCGCUGCUGGACAGUCGAGUGCCCUCGGACUGCUAUGCAAGCUGUACACGGACCAAGGAUGGGAUACCAACCAGCGGGACGAAAACGGUCGAUCUCCAUUGCACUACGCCGCUGCAUCUGGGAGCUCUGAAUGCGUCUUCUAUCUCCUCCAGGCCGGGGCGGCUAUCAACGUCCAGGACCGUCAGGGGCUGACGCCACUACAUGCGACGACCGAGUACCAGAUCGACCUUGUCGCGGCAAGACAGGCCCGCAGGAAAGCCGGGUUCCCGUAUGGCACGGGCCGCGGGGGUGGGUGGGAUGAUGGUCUCAACCGAUUGAUGGACUCGAGACGCGAUAGCCCUGUUCACAAGGCCCCGGAAGCUGUAAGGGCUGCUGUUGCGUCCGAGGAGGAAGUCCGGAUGAUUCAAGAUUCUGUGCGCCUGCUGCUCUCCGCGGGGGCUGAUCAAGGUGUGCGUGAUAACUCUGGGUGGAGGGCCUAUGACCUGGCUGUCUACCUGGACCGGGGAGACGUGGCAGCCAUCUUGGAGCCCUCUUCGGGGACUGGGGGUGGCCAGAACACGUCCGUUGCCUUCAAUUGGUAUUCUCUUAAGGGGUUUGAUGCCAAUAAAAUCGUCGUCCAACUCGAUGUUACCAGCUGCGAUCCCUACACUGUUCUCCAUGUGGCACUCUCGCAGCGAAACGAAGCCCUGAUAGCGGCUCUUCUGGACGCUGGAGUAGAUCCAACUGUCCCUGGGCCCGAUGGGCUGGCACCAGUCCAUUACGUCGCCUUCUGGGGUCUGGUCUCAGUGAUGAAGGUGAUGGCACGCCAUAUAGAAGACUUGAAUUCUAUCAACCCGCCGCUGCUCCACGCCGCCCUCUGUUCACAGCAGUCGAAUCUCCAGAUGGUUGAACUCUUGUUGAGCCAUGGCGCCAACGUCAACGCCUAUUUCCGAACCCCUAUGGACAAGCACACCCGGACAGCCCGGGCGGCAGGCCUCAACGCAGUACACAUGCUCGCUGGGGGAGCACAUUGGUGGCACAUCAUGGCGCUCCAGUCCCUCUACAAAGCCGGAGCUGACCUCGAAGCCGUCGACUCUCACGGGCGAACAGUCCUGCAGUGCGCUCUCACGUCGGACAUCUCUGUCCACCACGGCCCCUGGCAAAAGGAUACAUUGGAUACCAUCCUGGUGAAUGGGGCAAGCAUCAACGCGACGGCGCUGCCGCUCGCUAUAGAAUACAAGUGGGGAGUGCCCAUGAUCGAGCGGCUCCUGGGCAAUGGUGCUGAUAUCACAUCAGCCAUCCAUGCCGCCGUCAGGAGCGGAAGUAUCCCAGCCUGUGAGGCCCUACUCAAUGCCGGAGCUGAUGUGAACGCCCUAUGCCACCGGCCAAAACGGAAGCCAAGUGUCGAAACGCCGCUUCUCGCCGCUGCCAUGAAGAGCUCAUACGACCUCGACUUGAUAUCCAUGCUUCUUCAGCGUGGAGCUGACCCCUUGUUUUCACUUCCCGGCGAGGGCACCGCCACCACGACCGUCUUCCAUGAAAUCUGCCACUACCACGGCAUCGUGUCGCCCUUUCUCGAGACCGGUAUUGACCUGGAGAAGACCAACGCGGCCGGGCUGACGCCUCUUCUCGAGUCGUGCGUGUCGCCAAAGCCAAAGGGAUCUAACUUCUAUAUAAAAGACGAGUCAGUCCCCGUCAAGCUCAUCGAUGCAGGGGCCAACAUCCACGCAGCCAGUCCCGGGGGCUCAAGUGCACUGCAUAUGGCCGUUGACUCAGGACUCUGUGAAACGCUCUCAUUGCUUAUUGAGAAAGGCGCGCUUGUCUCAGCGAAGGACAACGCAGGACUCACUCCGUUGUACUACGCCGUGAAAUAUCCGAGCGCCCAGGUUGCCAUACGCAUGACGAAGACUCUCCUCGCAGCUGGGGCAGACCCGCUGUUCACAGGCCCGAGUGGUGGGAAUGCAUUGCAUAUCCUCGCCCCGUCGCUGCUGCAGCUUAGUCCAGCGGGGUCCUACGAGUGCGAAUUCCAGUACCGCGAUGGUUUGGAUUAUCUUGCGGAAUACAAAGCGUUGUAUCAGACCUUUACUGACAGCGGCUGUGAUCGGAAUGCCCGAGAUAACGAGGGCAACACUCCUCUCUUCCCGUAUGUGCAAGAACUGAAGGAGGAAAAUGAAGUCUGCAUUUCCGACCCCCCUGCAGAAGAGGACGUCCGGGAGAUGUUUGACACGCAUGACGUUUCUGCGGUGAACAAUGAUGGAGAUACGCUGCUGCAUGUAAUAGCAACCAGAGAGGAGAUGGAACGUAGAGAGGACCAGGAUACUGUACGCCUGUUCCAGGAUCUGCUGGCGCGGGGGCUCGAUGCGAGACAGGAGAAUAACAAGGGGCUGAGUGCUUUGGACUUUGCUACGGCUUAUGGUCAAGAGGGCAUUCUAGAGUUGUUUGAGAGGGAGGAGUGA